AUGCCGUCCACGUCUUCGGCCCUGACGCCGGGCCUGGCGUCGUUUCUUAAGUCUCUCAAGACCAAUGCCAUUGAUACUUCUAUCGAGAAUCUGAUUUCCUUGCUCAAGCGACGUCAGAUCCGUCACUCGCGAUCAUGCGCCACAGCAACUGCCUAUUUGCUUUUGCGGGUCAUCUCGGCAUGCCGCACAUCCGACUCUGCAAAGCUCAUUGAGCGGGUGCAGAGCGUGGGGCGGCGCCUAGUGGCGGCGCAGCCACGGGAGAUGGUGGUGGGGAAUAUUGUACGACGAGUGCUGGGCCUCAUUCGUGACGAGGCAGAGGACGACCGUGAAGCAGAAUAUGCACUCAGCGAAGCCGGCUCCGAGAGCCAGCCCCAUACACCUCGGGCAUUUGAUGAUCCGUCGCUGCCUCUGGAUCGUGAUGCGCUAUCGGUCCGACCCGAGGGCUCGGAACGGGCUGCGAGAAGCCCUUUGACAUCCAUGUUCAGCCUCCUCUCACACCCAGAGCCAGAGGCCUCACUCCCAAGUACACCAGGAUCUCUAUCCCCAAGCGGCCGGCUCCCUGGGCAUGGCCCCGCCAAGGAUGUGCGCGCCGAGGUGUUGGAGGGAAUCGGGGAAAUUAUUGAUGAGCUGGGUCAGGUAGAUGACCAGAUUGCCGCUUAUGCACUGGAUCACAUCCAUUCCAACGAGAUCAUCCUCACCCACACCUCCUCGACAACAGUUCAAAAAUUCCUGCUCAAAGCUGCGGCCAAGCGCAAGUUCACUGUCAUCCAUGCCGAAUCGUACCCGAACAACCAUGAAACCACCCACAUCACUGUCAGCGGCAAUGCCUCGAAAGAUGACGAAAUACUAAGCACCGAGUCUUUCCAAAAGCCGUUGAUUGACCUCGGCAUCACUGUCAUUCUCAUCCCGGACUCUGCCGUCUUUGCUCUCAUGUCUCGCGUCAACAAGGUCAUCCUGGGCACUCAUUCCGUGCUCGCCAAUGGAGGCCUGGUCGCCGCGGCCGGUACUCGGGUCAUUGCUCGCGCCGCCAAGGUCCACCAAACACCCAUGGUGGUGGUCAGUGGCGUCUACAAGCUCAGUCCUGUCUAUCCUUUUGACUUUGAUUCACUCAUUGAAUACGGUGACGCGGGCAAAGUCCUUCCCUAUGAGGAUGGCGACCUUGUGGACCAGAUCGAUGUCCAGAAUCCUUUGUAUGACUAUGUUCCUGCGGAGCUGGUCGACCUUUACAUUACCAACUUAGGUGGUCAUGCCCCGUCUUAUCUCUACCGUAUUGUGUCGGAUCACUACCGAAAGGAAGAUAUCAGCUUUUAA